CCGGCCUCGCCCCGCUCCGCUCUCUGCCUUUUCCCCGCCCGCCGCCGCCGUUGCCCCUUCUCGCAGUCGUCGACGUUUCGUUUCGGUUCUCUUCGCCAUGUCCUCCGAACCGGCCCCGGUUACCGCAGCAACCCCCCCCGAGCAAUCCCUCGAUCAGCCUGUUAAGCCGGCGAGCAGCGGGGAGGCCCCGGAGCAUCGGGCGCUGGUGCUGACGGGUUUCGGUGGCUACGAGAAGGUGAAGGUGCAGACGCGGCGGAGCAGCAGCCCCGGGCUCGGGGAGCUCACGGUGCGCGUCCGUGCGUGCGGCCUCAACUUCGCCGACGUGAUGAUGCGGCAGGGGCUGUACGACCGCUUGCCGUCUCUGCCUUUCUGCCCCGGCAUGGAGUGCGCCGGUAUCGUGUGCGCCGUGGGCGAGGAGGUCCGCGACCGCCAGGUUGGAGAUAAGGUGAUGAUCCUGGCCAGGACUGGGCUCUGGCAAGAAGUUGUGAAUGUGCCCGCUGUGCAGACAUUCCUGAUGCCUGAUGGGAUGAGCUUUGAGGAAGCAGCUGCUCUUCCUGUCAACUACAUCACUGCCUACAUGAUCCUGUUUGACUUUGGCAACCUAAGACCUGACCAGAGCAUCCUCAUCCACAUGGCUGCAGGUGGUGUGGGAACUGCUGCCAUCCAGCUGUGCAAGACUGUGGAAAAUGUCACCAUUUUUGGCACUGCAUCUGCCUCCAAGCAUGAUUCACUCAAAGAGAGCGGAGUUGCUCACCCCAUUGACUACAGAACUAUGGAUUAUGCAGAGGAGGUCCGGAAAAUCUCUCCCAAAGGUGUUGACAUUGUCAUGGACCCCCUGGGAGGAUCUGACACAUCCAAAGCAUUUCACCUGCUGAAGCCAAUGGGUAAAGUCAUCACUUAUGGGGUAGCAAACCUGAUCACUGGGCAGAAGAAGAACCUCGUGGCCAUGGCUAAAACUUGGUGGAACCAGUUCAGUAUCAAUGCCAUACAGCUUCUACACCAUAAUAAGGCUAUAUGUGGUUAUGAUCUUGGAAAUAUGGAUGAAGAAUACAAACUUAUCACAGGUGUUGUACUCAAGCUGAUUAACCUGUACAAUCAAGGAAAGAUCAAGCCCAAAAUAGACUCUGUGUGGUCCUUUGAUCAGGUGGCAGAUGCCAUGAAACACAUGCAAGAGAAGAAGAACAUUGGAAAGGUCAUCCUGGUUCCUGAGGCACCCAAGGAAGAAUCCAAAAAGGCAGAGAACUAAGGAGAGAGAUGUGUGCUGAUUGUGAGUUCACGGUUUAACUUGCUGCUCUCUUUGGGGCCUGGAAUUGGACAGAUGAGUAGCUUCCAUUAUUACCAGUAUAAGAACAUUGUGGUUAAAGCUCAGAUGAAGUUUGCAUGCUCUUGCUGUGACUGACCUUCUGCAGAUAUGUCUUCUGCCCUAGCUCUCCGUUUUGAAGCCUGGUUAUUUUGUACAUUUUUGAAUCUCUUUCUUUCUUACUUGAGUUCUCAACUAAUGUUAUUUUUUUUUCUGGCAGCAUAGCUGCAACUUUGAGGCAGUUGAUGCUUAAUAGCUGCAUAGACUGUCACUGUGAAGAUGUAAAAUGCUAUACUGCCAGGCAUCUCCACAGACCCCCAGCCCAUGCUGGAGCACUUGCACUGCCACCUUUGAGAAGCGUGCUCAGCAGAAGAAGGGGCCAGGCUGAGAAUGCUUCUUAAUAGCCAGAGGAACAGCAUGGCUUCUUCAGUUUAAUUCCAGCCCUGGCUUUUCCUCUGUUCACACUAAAUGUGCUUACUUCCCUCUGCUUUCACAGGCCUCUAACACCAGUAAGAUAAUAACAAAUCACAUUGUCUUUGCCUCAUAAAUAACCAUCCUGGCAUUCUGGAGUCCUUAGGGUAUUGCAUUUAAUUUGUAGUCACUUCUCUGUGUGGUGUAUAAGGAACCUGGCAGGCUGUGCUGCUCUGUGAGUACAGAAGAAAAGUUUCAGUUGAAUAACUUGAUGCUGUUCAGUUAUUGAUUUCAAACUGUAAAGAGAGACCUAAACUGUGUCUGAUUGUUAGAGACCACAAGGACUGAACUGUGUCUCAGAUGACUGGAAUGUUUGAUGUUGGAUCUAUGCUUCAUUAAUAUUAGACUUCAAGUUGAUAUUGCUAAGACUAAACUUCACCCUUGUCUUUGUGUUUCCAAGACCUACAGUGUUGAAUCAGACUUCAGCAAGAUGGGACCAAAUAAGCCUGGUUUUGCUUGCUUUGUUCUGUGUGCUGAGGAGACAUAGCAAAGCAGCCUGCUUUGUGGGGCUCUGGGUUCCAUGUGUAACAAAUCUCCUGGUGUCAGCUGUCAGCCCCCUUCCAGCGCUGAGGCUUUAAGAAAUGCCUAGGGUGCUCUUCCUGAGCUAGAACUUAGUUUCUCUUCCUUUUUUCUAUCUUCAUUGUGUUUGGAAACAGAAAUGUACAUACACCCAAAGCUAGUUCUGUGAGGACUUCCCCUUCGUGCUCCACCUGGCUUCCAGCCCUGGGUGACCACAGUGUGGUAGGUGCUUGCUUUAGCAGUUUGAGGCUUUGUUGUGGAUUAUAGAUGCUGCAGUGCUUUAGGCUCCAUUUGGGUUUUUAAAAGGAAAACCUGAGGGCAUCAAGGAGCACUGCCUGUUGUGGGUGAGGUCAGGCUGCAGAAACAAAUGUUGGCUGCUUGGAGUCCUGCCUGUCCUGACUCCAAAGAGGGAAGGGGAUGCAUGGGCAAGUGGACCCAUUGGUGAAGCUCCUCAUCUGCUGGAGAACAAACACUUUCAGGGGGUGGGAGGGGUCCCAAGCAGAUUAAGUGUGCGAGUUCUUCUUCUCUGUUUCCAAACCAGUGCUGUUAGCAUCAGUUCAGCUUGAAUUUCAGGUGCUUAGUUCUGGUGCCUAUUAAAAUGCCUGGGCAGAUACUCUAGAGGACUUACUCUGCCUAGCUUUAACACAGCCUCAUUACCUAUGGUCCUAGAGAAGGGCCAUAUGUCCGGGCACAGACACCCAUUGUUCCAUCUGUUGCACAUGUGAACACCACCAACAAUAACAUGGUCACAUGAAAUUCAGAAGCACAACUUCUGACAUCUCUGAAUCCAGAAUCUUGCUGUUUCUCCUUCUAACCUGCCCCUAUCUUGCUAAUUUAGAUUAAAUCCAACAGUGUCUAAUGGAGCUUUACCAAAUCUGACAACAGAAUGGCUGUCUAAGCUGCUGCAUUGGAAAGUCUCCUUUGUGGAACCUGACUUCACCUUGAUGAAAGAGCAGCAUGCUCAAAUGGCAUACCAUGCCACACAUCUUCAGGUUCUGCAGCUGUAAAAGGGAAAUCUCUCCAGUUGUUUUUACCAUAACAUCAUUUUCUUGCUUUAUUGUCAGCCAGGAGUAUGCUCAGUGCCUUACUUGGAUGGCUUUGGAUUAGGCAGCAUUUUCACUGCCCAGGCCCUCUUUAUGGAAUGUAGAAGAGGAGUGGGAGUUCUGCAGCGUGCUGCCAGGCCUCUCUGCCUUGCUGCCUUAUGAUACACCACAGUGUAGCAUCUUGGUGCCUUCUUUUGCAUGUCUGUAAGGACUGGGAAGUCACUGGAGCCUCUUCCAUUCUGGCCUUUCAAAGUACUGCCAAAAAACAUUAUCACUCUUGCUCUAUUUUGUGAACACUAUUGUUGUAGUUUGACUUAGCGUGAAUAUAACUCUCUUUGCAAGUGUCAUGGGCUGUGUAUGGCUCUCCUGGACAUCUGUGCUCCUGCAGCCAAAAGAGCUGCCUUGUAGCUGCUGCUUUAUUGCAGCUCUUACUCGCAGGGUGAAAGUUUAGCUCAGAGCCAGUCCUCAAGUGAGGCUUUAUCAGCUGCUCUGCCUUGGCUCCCUGGAAAAAAUCAGGGCUCCCUGUGCUCUUAGGGGAGCUGCUCAUGUAUUUGCUACCUGCAUAUGCCUGAAAGCCUUAUCAGGGUGAGUACUAAUCCAUUGUUACAGCCUUCUGUUAGAGCUGAGCACUGUUUUUAUUUCCCUUAGUAUCAACCACGUUUUCUACAGACAGGCCAGGGUUAAUGCUCUGUUCUAGUUUUGUUUUAGUAGUCCUUAUAUUUACUUUUUUAACAGAUAAACAUUUUAUGUAUCAAUAACCUAUGUAAAACAACUUCAAGUGUCUUAAUGAAUUAAAGUUAACCAGCACAUUUGUACACUUAAGGACCAAAGCAAAACAAAGAAAAAAAUCAUUCCAUUCAGUGUUGCUUAACUGUUUAGGGCAAAGUCAUACUGUCAAGGAAAUGGGAGAUGCCUGUUCUUAAAUUGUGAGUGCCAUUACUGCAUUCAGAAGUGCAAUUCAGUGUUGAUUUACAUUGUCUGAUCCAAAGGUUAUGCUAUGAGGAGAGAUGUCCAGGUGAAAAGCAUAAGUAAUUGGAAGGUAAGUGUAGGAGAGGCUCCCCUAGCCCUGGCAGGGGUGCCAGUCCUACUGUUAACUCCAAUGCUAUUGCUAUAGUUGCAUUCCCAGACUGGUACUUUUAGGCUUGGGCAAAAUGCAACCCCCUUUGCUAUCAUCAAGCAACUUUUGUCACCUCUGACUCUUCAGUUUCUCUCUAGUUCAUUUUUCUUGCAUGCCAAGUGUAGGGAUAGGAAGGAAAGCAGCCUUAGUUGAAAGAACAAAGAACAUGACCCCCUCUAAGUGCUCUGGGCUGGGGAGGGGUUUAGCUGUGUAUUUUCUUUUUUUUUAUUAUUAUUAAUUUUUUUUUCCAACUGUAUUAAACUAAAAUUGAAGGAUCAGUGGCAAGACAAAGCCAGUGUGAGCCUCAGGCUUUAAUCAGCACAGAAUGUUGGCCACUUGCAGCUGCUAUCAGGCCAAGUGUGAAAGCACUAUUGUUGCCUAAUGAAGUCUCUUCUGUAUGAAACCCUGGUGAUGGCAAAGUGACUGGCAAGUUGUGAUGUGAAAUGCAUUAGACUGAGCCUCUUACAGCAUAUGGUCUGAUCUGUACUGUCUGAGUUAUGUUGAUGUGCAAAUAUGUGAUAUGAGUGAUGCUCACCCUACAGACACUUGGAAAAUCUUUGUUUAAAAAUGUAUUCUGCUUUGUAUAACCAAGUGAGACAGAAAGCAAGUGUGCCAAUGCUGUUUACAUGACUAUAAUGUGUAAUGCUCCUCCAUCUAAUGUUUCCAUAUGCCUUAUGUGUUUAAAAUGUUAAUUAAAGCAUAACAAAACCCUCA